AUGGACGACCCACUAAGUAUUGCCUCCAGUGUGGUUGCACUCGUGACCUUUGCCUUACAAUCUAGUGUUGUGCUUUAUAGCACUGUUCGCAGCUUUCAGAGCCAAGACAAAGAUGUCCUGGCGCUAAAAGGCGAGGUCAAUGACCUCACUACCGUGUUGGAGUGUCUACUAGAUACUGUGACCAAACACCCUGAACUUGAUUUUGCGGCUCUCAAGACCCACUCCAUCGCUAUGGAAAGGAUUGCGAGGAGCUCCCAGCCUAGCAUCCAGGACUCGGAUUACUAA